GUCGCGCUUUUUGCUUUUUGUCACUGCUGUUCGCCGCUUCGUGGUGAAUCCAGGACAUUGUAGAGGACAACAAUCCACUACAUUCAUUCAUGUACCUAUGUGUCUGCCGCCCUCGGCUCCGACUCGCCGAGCAGUCAGUCCGUAGAGCUGUGGGUGCCGUUCCCUUGGAGUCGCUCCGAGUCUGAGCUGCACUGCACUCGGCGUGUUCCAGCUCGCUCACAGCUGCCCAGCAGUCACGGUCUGCCAUAUUUCUUCAGCUUUGCUUCACUUGCUCGCUCGUGUACUCGUCAUUCACUUUACCCUCGUUCCUUACAGUAUUCAAAGAGACGGCAUUCGCUUGUAUGUUUCUAACAGCUUCAUCUACCGCCAGCCUCGCGUUCAUGCUGCAAUCACCACAAAAAUGCCGCCUGACCCCGAUCAACAAGCCCCCGUCGUGAUUGACCUUUCCUCUGACACUGAAGAAGAUACAGCACCGGUGAGGCAGGAUUUUCCGUCGAGAGCAUCUCCACUGGCCGGUUGGAGAUUUCCGCCAGACGACGAUCAAAGCAAUGGCAGCGAGGACGAUGACCGCUCUGAUGUCUUUCACGAACUAGCACGUCGCGUCUCUUCCCCCGUACCGGACGUAUACGACAAUCCAGGUAACUCAUUUGACUUGGAGCCCAACGAAUGGCCAGCUGACGAUGCCUGGGAGGCUCUUCUAGCCGUUCCGAAUCUGGACGCUCGGCCAGACAACCCUGAUCAACGUCAAAGUGCGCCUGUUUCCCUAGAUGAAGCCCCAAGUGAUCGAUCAUGCGUUUCCUUGACAGAAGAGCAAGGUCUCGCCUUGGUAUUGCAGAUUUUCCCAGACAUAGCUCAUGAUCACGUGUUGCAACGUCUUCGUAAAGGCAAGGCCGGCGGCAACUACACACAAGAGUGGUGUAACACAGUUAUCAGUCGGAUUGCAGAUGAUGCUACGUAUCCAAAGCAAAAAGAUCGACUGAAGGAACUGAAGCGGAAACGCCAUACAUCAAGUAGUGAUGACGAAGCCACUAAAGAGCCGGUGCUACCGAACUCGCCCGUGGGAAAUAGUCCCAGAUAUAUACAAGACGCUAAACGCUUGUUGGGAAACGAAUUCUUAGACGUACCAUUACCCCACAUCCAGAACGUGCUACGCAACGAGCAAACCCCAUACCACGCAUAUCUAAAGCUACACUCACAGCAAAACGACAAUAACAUGCCCUUCAAAAAACUCCCCAGGCCUCGACAACCAUACCGGGCGUCGGGUGGAGCGCCCCCCGACGAUAAUCUCACGGCUAUGCUCCAGACAGCUAAGAAGAAAUGUGACAAGGAUAACGCGAAGCGCAUGAAGCAGAAAAAGGCAGAGCAGGAGGAACAGGAGAAUGAGAGGGCAGCCAGAGCAUCGGGUUCCAUCCAAGAUUGCGGUUGUUGCUACACGUCAUGCCCUCUUAACCGCAUGGCCUUUUGCAGCAGCGAAGAUGCGCACCCAUUCUGCUACGAUUGCGUGUCCAGCUACGUCAUGGCAGAGAUGUCUCAGGGCAAAUGUAGACCUGUCUGCAUGGAUACGUCCGGUUGUGGGAAGAACGGAGGCAUGUUCAAGCGGUUAGAACUGCUUAAAGCGCUGCGAGGCAAUACAAAAAUCUUGGAUAAACUGGAGCAGAUGCAGCAAGCUGAGGAUAUUAGGGAAGCAGGUCUAGAAGGCCUCGAACAGUGCCCCUUCUGCGAUUUCCAAGCAGAAUACCCGCCAGUCGAAGUUAACAAAGAGUUUCGUUGCGUCAACUUUGAGUGUUCGAAGACAAGCUGUCGGUUAUGCCGGCUGGAGACCCACGUUCCAAAAUCUUGCGAGGAGCACGCCAAAGACAACAAGCUGGCUCACCGUCACAUUCUCGAGGAAGCCCUCACUAAUGCUUUGACCAGGAAAUGCAACAAAUGCAAGAAAACCUUUCUCAAGGACUCAGGAUGCAACAAGAUAUCCUGUCCGACUUGUCACAAUAAGCAAUGUUAUUGUUGUGGCAAAGAUGUAACGGACUAUCAGCACUUUAGUGGCGUUUCCAAUACCCUGGAUAUGGGCUCCUCUGAAGCGAAAUGUCCUCUUUACGACAAUACGGAAGAACGACAUGCUAAAGACGUCGAGAAAGCCGAGAGAGUUGCGCUGGAGAAGCUCCGCGCAGAGAACCCAGGCCUAAGCGACGCAGAUCUAAAGAUCAAGGUGUCAGAUAAGGUGCAGCAGGCGGAAAAGAAACGUUUAGAAGAUGCCCGAAGGGUAGAGUUAGAGGGCAGACCGCACCCUCCAAAUAGACAACGAAUUGCAAGAGCGUAUGCCGAGGGAGUAGCGGGCCAUGUCCCCAAUCUCGCCCAUUUCGCCGACUACGUACCACCAGGCUUUGAUCCGGUGGGAAUGCCAUAUUUCGAUCGUCUCAACCAACGCUAUCUUGGCCAAGGGAUCAGACACCAUCACCAUGUCCAUCACCACCACGUCCAACUUCCAAACAAUGCUCCUCCUGUAGCUGGCAUCAAUCCACACGGUGCACUGAUGCUACCGGACUAUCUCGCCCGUGCGGAGCCUGGAGGACCACCACGCCAGAAUCGAAAUGUCAUGAUAAACCCGAUGGGAAAUCACAGGGAGCCGGGUGGUGGACCAAUACAGGACAUCCAGGACAUUCAGCGUCGGCCUGCCGCACCGCGUAUCGUACCUCAGGCUCAGCGAGGCGCUCCACCACAAGUGGAAGUAUACGCAGGCAUUCAGCCACAGGCAGCUAUACCACAACGUGCCAAUCCGCAGCAUGCCGUGCCUGGAGUAGCACAGAAUGACCGUCCACAAGUACCAAAUCCAUAUGGUCUGGUCGACGCGUGGCAACAAUUCCCGGUCUUGAACCACCCACCACCACUCUUCCAGGCGGCGGGAACACACGCCAAUAUCGCGCAGCAUCAGGAGAUGAACAGGCUUCGAAUGCUACAGUUCAUAGAGCAUGAGCGCCAACUUGUUGGCAUGCACGCACGACAGGCCGCUGCCAUGCACGAUCUGAACCGACGUCGCAUGAUGAUGGCCCGGGAGCUUCCUGCCAACGGCUUUCCGAACCCACAACCCGAUCAGGCUGUGCGUGACAGACAGCUUAUACGCGAUCAACUGAUCAGAGAGCAGCAAAGGCAGCUAUAUUUGGCUAGACAUCCUAGGCAGGAUCAUUGACAGCUUGGCCCUGUCGAGCUCCCAUUCAUUGAGUAGCAGAUUCCUCGCUUUAUGUUAAUUUCAUUCCCCAGAAUGGCAUAACGUGUGGUGUAAACUGCUUUCCUUGUCAUUCUUUCGUUGUUAAGGGGGUGGUGAAUGGGGGGUUUGUUAGCAUCAUUUCUUUUACGUGAAUCCGUCAUUCAAAGGUCCGCCAAACGCAAAGCCUAUUGUCAUCGCGGGGGGGUUGGUUAGCACAUUGCAGCAUUUUCGACUGGGCGGGCUUUUGCUAUCGUUACAAAGUCUAUUCUCACAUUUCCGAAUACCCAUAUGUUUUUUCCCCCAGUCAACGAUCCAUGGGGGUCGCACUUUCUAUAUGUACAUAUUAGUGUAGAUUUGAGCCCUGAGACUCGCGCUGUGAAUUAAUCGCUUAUAA